AUGGCUGAGAAUCUUGAUAUUUCAGAGUUGUCGCCAAUUCAUCCCGCGAUCAUUUCGAGACAGGCCACAAUUAACAUUGGUACCAUCGGUCACGUAGCCCACGGUAAAAGUACAGUUGUAAAGGCUAUCUCUGGUGUUCACACUGUUCGUUUCAAAAAUGAAUUAGAGCGUAACAUUACCAUCAAGCUUGGUUAUGCAAACGCAAAAAUUUACAAGUGCUCCAACGCCGAAUGUGCUCGACCUGGAUGCUAUCGCUCCUAUCCAUCUGGAAAGGAGGACAACCCUCCUUGUGAAGUUUGUGGUUCUCCCAUGAACCUGGUUCGCCAUGUAUCAUUUGUCGAUUGCCCUGGUCACGAUAUUCUUAUGGCAACCAUGCUUAACGGUGCUGCUGUUAUGGAUGCAGCUAUGUUGUUAGUUGCUGGUAAUGAGUCUUGUCCCCAACCCCAGACCAGUGAACAUUUGGCUGCCAUCGAAAUCAUGCAGUUGAAGCACAUCAUUAUUCUCCAAAACAAGGUCGAUUUAAUACGUGAAGCUGCCGCUGAAGAACAUUAUCAAUCAAUCUUAAAGUUUAUUAAGGGUACUGUUGCUGAGAACUCUCCCAUCGUUCCUAUAUCUGCACAAUUAAAAUAUAAUAUUGACGCUAUCCUUGAAUACGUUGUCAAGAAGAUUCCCGUCCCAGUUCGUGACUACACCACCGAUCCUCGUUUGAUUGUCAUCCGUUCCUUUGACGUGAACAAGCCCGGUGCUGAGGUCGAAGACCUCAAAGGUGGUGUUGCAGGUGGUUCUAUUCUUACCGGUGUUCUUCGUUUGGGUGACGAGAUUGAAAUUCGCCCUGGUAUUGUCACAAAAGAUGAAGAAGGACGCAUUAAGUGUCAACCCAUUUUCUCGCGCAUCGUUUCCCUUUUCGCUGAAAACAAUGACUUGAAGAUUGCCGUCCCUGGUGGUCUUAUUGGUGUUGGUACCACAGUCGAUCCUACCCUUUGCCGUGCUGAUCGUUUGGUUGGUCAAGUUCUCGGUUCCAAGGGUAAUCUUCCCGAAGUAUACACAGAGCUCGAAAUUAACUACUUCUUACUUCGUCGUCUUUUGGGUGUUAAGAGCGGUGACAAGAGCACCACUAAGGUUCAAAAACUUGCCAAGAAUGAAGUUUUGAUGGUUAACAUCGGCUCUACUUCUACUGGUGGUCGUGUUAUGAUGGUUAAGGCGGACAUGGCUAAGAUUCUUCUUACCGCCCCUGCUUGUACAGAAAUUGGCGAGAAGGUUGCUCUUAGUAGACGUAUCGAAAAGCACUGGCGGCUUAUCGGUUGGGCCAAGGUCGUUGAAGGAAAAACUCUUAAAGUAUAG